GAAAUGGUUAUGGAGUGCAGAUCAGAGAUAGGAAAGCCGGUGAUAAUGGCGAUUUGCGGAACUCUCGUCUACUACCACUGCGCUUACAGAGAAGUCAGUCUCCUCUCUCUCUUCUCCGACGUCUUCAUCGUCAUUCUCUGUUCUCUCGCCAUUCUCGGCCUUCUCUUCCGCCAAAUCAACAUCUCGGUACCGGUGGAUCCACUGGAGUGGCAGAUUUCUCAGGACACCGCUAAUAGCAUUGUUGCCUGUUUAGCUAACACUUUCGGUGCCGCUGAGUCUGUAUUAAGGGUUGCAGCAACUGGGCACGACAAGAGGCUUUUUCUUAAGGUCGUCUUUUGUCUCUAUGUGUUGUCAGCUUUGGGACGAGUAGUUUCUGGACUUACAGUUGCAUAUGCUGGGUUAUGCUUGUUUUGUCUUUACAUGUUGGCGGAGAAUACUCAAUCAAUCAGUGCACCUCUGUCUUGGUUCCGAAGGACAGGUAAUGGGACGAAUGCGGAUAUCACUCUAGAGGAUGAUGCCAUGUAGUGUAUGCUAAUCUUAGUAUGUUCACUGUGGUCGUGUUGCUUUUACCUACGUGUAUAUUAAGAUUGGUUGUUGUAAAUACAACUUUCUUGAGCCCCAUAUUGGAUGUUGUAUAGACUGUUCCCAAAAGCAUGAUAAAUUCAACCUGUAGCUAAAUGAUUUGUAAAUGAUAAGUAAAAUUUUGAAUCCGUUCCUUUGAAGAUCUAAAAGAGACAAAGGCUCUUGUGCGUUGAAGAUCUAAAAGCAACUCCAUAACUUCCGGUUUGUUUCUGCACACGCGAUGGAUCUAUGUGAUAAAAGAUUGGUACAAUAGGCUGCGUAUAUUUUCCCUUGCACUUU